GGUGGUCCCUAACUUGUUUACCUCCAGUCAUAGUAUUGAGGAUCCUGUGCCUCUCUGCAUAAUAGCAUUAGUUAAAGUAGAAGAUAUAGCCUAUUCCCUACGUCUUGUGUUAAAGCAACACCAAAAGUUUGGACAUGAACACAAUAGGUUAAAUAACCAAAGGUGCAUAUAAACAGAGAACAGACUCAGUGUACUGUACCUUGCAGUAUUAUACAGACAUAUGUUUCCAAUAUGGUGUGCAUAGAGUGACUGGCGCUUUGUCCUCUCAGAGGCACCUAAGUAAGUGUGGCCUAUUCCCUAUCACUAGUGCAAAUGCAACACCAAAAAUUGGAAACUGGCAAAGCCCAAAAUUAAGUCUGUGCGAGUGCUGGUAACAACAUCACUGGGAAUUUAGCAAAUUGGCCUAAUUUAUUUUGUCAUCUGAAUCAUGCACUUUGAUGCUAAGGUGUUAGAGUUGUUUGGAAUUCCUUCACACCAUAUGACAUAGCACCUAGUGCUAUUGUGUAAAGUUGGGCUCACAAACUUAAUACCUUAUGACAUAGCUCCACCCACUGAUUGGCUAGACCUUUGAUGCCAAGGUGCUCGAAUUGUAUGGAGUUGAGUAUAAAAUCAGGAGCUUGCUCACAUUCAAGUUAGAACUCACUUGAUUGUGCUAGCUGCUGGAGCAAGCCUGUUUUGGGACCUUCGACUUCUAUACUUUCAUUGCCAUUUCUUGCUUUUGGUUUUGUAUAUAAUUUCCUUUUCCAGUGACUGUGGAUACUUGUUGCUUCUAUUUACUGUUGCCUUGUUUUCUCCUGUGUUGCAAAUUAACAGUUGUUAUUUAUUUCUUUAGGACAGAACAAAAAAGGAAAAAACUUUUGCCAUGGCAUCUGACGGAGAGAACAGAAUUCCUUUGGCCUGCAAAUUUUGCUUCAAGACCACAGACCGACUUUCUGUACAUCUUCGCAAAGUCUGCAGGAAAGGAGCAAGUGAUGCAGAGAUCAUGGCCCUUGUAGAGGAAUCAAGGUCCAAAAUGAAGAUGCUGGUAAAGAACCUCAGCGUCAUCAAUUAUGAGCACCUGAAGGCUGGAGCCGAUUCACAGAAGUCACUAGAUUUUUUCGUCAAUUUUCUUGAGUCCAACGGUUGUUUUAUUUCUGACAAGCCUGUUGAAGCAGAGGAUCCCAUUGAUAACCCAGUGCCUGAUGGUGAAGAGAAUGAAUAGGAUCAUUAUGAAGAUGAUAUGGAUAUAGAGGAACCACUUCUUAUGCUGAGCACAUCUGCCAUCAAGAUGUCAUCAAAAAAGAUUAUGGAGGAGGCAGGACUACACAAGAAGCAUUCAACUGAUUCUCCACUGCUCCAGGCAUUCAGAGGGUACUUGGAGAAAAAAUAUGCAAAAUCCGGAAUCAAACACGAGCUUGAUAAUGUAUCAAGAUGGCUGCAUUUUGUCAACCCAAACGAAGCUUUGGUCAGUUGCAUCCAUAACAUUGAGAGGAGCAUGCAGUUUUUUCAAGAGAUUCAAGCUUCGGCAGCCAGCAAGGCGACAGCUCGUAACUAUAUAGGUGGAGUCAAGAAAUUUAUAAGUUAUGUUGCCUCAGACCUUCAACUGUUGGAAGAGGAUCCAUCUCUGCGUGGGUCAAUUCAAUCAUUCUUGAAGAGUCUGACAGAGGUCCAGAAGUCAACAUACAAUAAGGAAAAAUCUGUGGAAAGAAAGGCGACAAAUCCAAUGGAGUGCCAGGAAGUUCUAAACAAAGCACACCAAUAUUUUGUGGAGAUUAUUGAUCGGGCCAAUGUCAAGAUUGAUUUAGAAGAGAAGGAUAUGACAUCAAUGCUGUUCUACUUAGAGGCGCUCUUGACUUUGCAGCACCUACAGAGACCAAGUGUCAUUCAGAACAUGACCGUUAAACAGUGGCUGGAGAGGACACGCUACCAGAAUCAGUCUUCAGGCAGUAUAGCAGCUGUCAUAAAGGUGAAGGCUGCAAGACAGUACAUCGUUGUCCUCCAAGAAGCUGAAGAGAUGUGGUUUGACACCUUUUUUAGAAGAGUCCGACCACUUUUUGUCAAGAGGAGCUUGAAAGGAGAAAAUGGAUAUUUUUUUGUCUCCAGUAAAGGACAUAAAAUCCAGAACCCAACAACCGAUGUCCGCAGAUUCCAAGAAAAGUUUGAUGCUUGUUUGGCCAGUGGGCAGGAAACACAGGAAAUUUUUAUAAAAUUCAUCUGUGACAGUGUAAUGGAAUCCGAAGGUUCUUACCUGCAUGGCGUCCAAGAUGGCGACCAAGAUGGCGUCCCCCUGCUCCACCAUGUGGUCCCUGCUGGUCGCAGGCCGUCAACGUCAAGAUCGAGUCGCCCAGGGAUUGGUCGCCGGCGACGGAACGGACGCCGGCGUCAGAAUCGGGCGCCGGCGUCAGGACGUCAGCGUGGGGACGCUGGCGUCUGCGUCUGACGCCAGUGCGUCAGUUUUUGGCGCCAAGCCCA